UGCCGUGAAAUGUUUUGUUGUGCGGGAGAGAAGGCAUUUUUUUAAAAAAAUCGCCAUGAAAUGGCCCUGCCCAUCUCGUGUCUCUUACGAACUGAAAAUUACACAGGACUCGGGGAAAGAUUUGAGAAGGUGCUUCUCAGUGCACCAAACGCGUCGCAGCUAGCGCUUUUCACUCGUUCUUCACUCCAGAGAAGCCAGUUCUAGGGGAGCAAUGCGUCGGAUUCAUAACUUGUAGCCGCGCCAGCACCAGAGAGGAAAAAGCGGGGCGGGGGAAGAGAGAGAGAGCGAGCAAAUGAAGGAAGAGAGAAAAUAGACCUUAUUUUUUCCUCCCCUUUAAAGAGCAGAUCAGUAUUUUCUUGAUACGGUUGUCACCCGUUUUUUUUGUUCUCACGACAACCAAUUGAGCCCUUGAUCCUCACGUGAUGUGAAAAGCUUGAACUGUAACAAAAUCGCUCCUUUUAGUUGGUUGGUGGUUACUAACUCGCCCAUCCCCCCUCCUCUCUCCGUCCUCUUUUCUCCCGUAACAUACAUUUCCAGCGAAGCAACUCCGUACUUUCCGAUCUAUCAACAAUUCAUUACAGCUUUUACCUUCCAAGCGCCAGCUAAUUAAAAAUACUGAGCCAAGCUCCGAAAGGCGAGGAGGAGGGAAAUGAGAAAGAUGAACCAGUGUUUGCUGAAACGAUUUUGAUCGGGGGGGGGGGAAUCUCUGUUCUCAAAACAAGAUCGCCCAUUUUAUAUCUUUGGACUCUAAUUACUGAAUUACCCAUCACAUGACUUAGUCAUUUCUGAGCUGGCUUUUUUUUUUAACCCCGGACAGCAUCUGGCACUCGAUUAAAAAACCCCAACCUUAAAUGGUGGAACAUCAUAUGCUAGGGAAUAUUUGCUUCGUUUUAAAAGACACUCUUGCAUCUGCACUCCCACCAAAUGUUUUGAUAACUGGUUCAUCAGGCUGUGAUUUUAUUCCCUCCCUUUUCUCUUCCUUUUUCUUCUCUUUCCUUCCCCCCCUUUUCCCCCUCAAGUUAGUUCAAGAAGUCAGAUCUGUCAGGACUGGAGGGGAAAAAAUGCCACUUCCCGACUAACAGGCGGAAUCCAGCCCAGAUUUUCAAUCCUUUCUUUGCCCCCCUUCUCUUUCACUAAUUUUCCCGAUGUUAGCACAUUCUGCCUUGUAACAACCGGACGCCUGUAGGUUUGUUUCAUGGGAUCAUUACUUACUGAUCAGGAUGGCUGCAGAAUCUGGAACUGAAGACGGGAUGUGAAGCUGAGGAAAAUAUUUUGCAAUUUUUAUUUUUAUUACAAUCGCAUCAUUUUGGUACUUGUCCAAGCAAGGGAGGAAAAAAGAUUUAUUUAUUUUUUUUGGGUGCUUGAGGCUUCUGGUGUUGUGAAUGUGAAAUCCUAUCUUCCAGCCUGUGAAGUUGUGAGGAACAAAAUACUUAAGGAGGAAAACCAAAUCAGAAAAAGGGGGGGAGGACCUCUGUUUUCCGUGCCAAAUUGGAAGGAAAUAUGUUAUUCGACUAUUACUCUGGCAAAAAUGUUAGUUGGUUUCUACUUGAUCACUUGCUCUUUAAGUAAAAUGAAGUGGGGCACUGAGUUCUUGCUGAGACCAGUGAGGACAGAAUUUUGAUUUGCUGGCUUAAUUUAAAAAAUGAUAAAGGAUUAAAGGAAAAGGUGGACCUGGACUUCAGGGUAUAUACCCAGAUAUACCUGGGGAAGGAAGGCAAGAAGAGUUACACUUUAAAAAGCCCCACAGAGAUAAACGAAUGUCCCCUCAUCUCCAAAGGAAAGUUCGUCUGAUUUUUACUCAAGAUUUCUCAUCUUCAGGAUGUCAUUGAACACUUCCACUGCUGGCAAAGGUGUGGAUCCAAACACGGUUGAUACUUAUGACAGUGGUGAUGACUGGGAAAUUGGGGUUGGGAAUUUAAUAAUCGACUUGGAUGCUGAUUUGGAGAAGGACAGACAGAAAUUUGAGAUGAAUAAUUCCACGAGUUCCAAGGAUUGUGGGGGUCUUGCCUCUAGUGGGGUUAAUGCUACCUCAGCCUUAGCUGAUGGCCUAAAAUUUGCUUCUGUUCAGCCCCCUGCUCCUCAGGGGAAUUCUUCACAUAAAGAAACUAGCAAAUCAAAAGUGAAAAGGAGUAAAACUUCGAAGGAUGCUAGUAAAUCUCUGCCUUCUGCUGCCUUGUAUGGAAUUCCUGAAAUCAGCAGUGCUGGCAAGAGGCAGGAAGUCCAAGGGCGCUCAAGCGAGGCACCUGGCAUGAAUUCAACACUGGGUCAAAGUGUGAGCAACAGCCCAAAUGGCAAUAAUAACACCACCAGCAACAAUAACAACAACACUAUUGCCUCUUGUGGGAAAAGUAAAGAGGAAAAACCAGGUAAAACCCAGGGCAGCAGAGGCUCCAAGCGGGAUAAGGAUGGAGGGAAAUCCAGGAAAGAGAAGCAACUUGACCUGCAGCAGGGACACCCCAAUAACAGUAGCCAAACUCCUCCUGGGCACUUGUAUGGCUUUGGGACCAAGGGAGGUGGUGCUGGGAGCAGCAGCCCUUUCAACUGCACCUCCUCUACAGUGGGGGAUGUGGACAAAAGUGCCCCAGAUUCAGGGUUAAUGGGGAACUCUAUUUUGGUAAAGAAAGAAGAGGAAGAGGAGGAGAACCACAGGAGAAUAAAGAAACUGAAAACAGAAAAGGUUGACCCCCUCUUUACAGUGCCUGCACCUCCGCCGCCUAUUUCGAGUAGUCUCACACCUCAGAUUCUGCCUUCCUACUUUUCCCCAUCUUCAUCCAACAUUGCAGCUCCAGUUGAGCAACUUUUGGUACGGACUCGGUCAGUGGGUGUGAAUACUUGUGAUGUUGGAAUAGUAACAGAGCCUGAAUGUCUUGGACCAUGUGAACCUGGGACGAGUGUAAAUUUAGAAGGGAUCGUAUGGCAUGAAACAGAAGAAGGUGUCCUAGUUGUAAACGUUACAUGGCGAAAUAAAACUUACGUUGGAACGUUGCUUGAUUGCACAAAACAUGAUUGGGCUCCUCCCAGGUUUUGUGAAUCGCCAACAAGUGACCUGGAAAUGCGAGGAGGUCGAGGCAGAGGUAAACGAGCAAGGUCUGCAGCAGCUGCAACUGCGCCAGGGACUGAUGUUAGCUUUACAGAGUCCAGAGGACUGCAGACCAAGAACAGAGGUGGUGCCAAUGGAAAAGGGAGACGGGGCAGCCUUAAUUCAAGUGGCCGCAGGACACCCCCAAACUGUGCCAUAGAGGAUGUCAAAGUCAGCCCCUUGUCCACCAAUAAAAGGAAAAAUAAGCCACCCAUGGAGCUAGACUUGAACUCCAGUUCAGAGGACAAUAAAUCUGGAAAGCGUUUUCGUACUACUUCUAGAAGCACUCCGACCACUCCCCAGGGGAAACCAGAGAUGACUUUUUUGGACCAAGGCUGCUCUUCUCCAGUGUUGAUUGAUUGUCCCCAUCCUAAUUGCAACAAAAAGUACAAGCACAUAAAUGGGUUAAGGUAUCACCAGGCUCAUGCACAUUUAGAUCCAGAAAAUAAACUGGAAUUUGAGCCCGAUAAUGAAGACAAAAUCUCCGAUUGUGAGGAAGCACUCAGCAACGUGGCACUUGAAUGCAGCGAGCCAAGCACAAGUUUCUCACAUUUUGAUCAGUUGAAAGCACCUACAUCUCCUUGUUCCCUCAGUACACCUGGGACACCAAAGGGGAAAAGGGAGCAGGCUAAUAAUGGCAAGAAUUCUGGCAAAAAGAGGGGCUUGAGCAGUGACCUGAACAGCCUACCAGUCAUUUCUAAUAUGACUGUGACUUUGGAGAACUGCUCAGUGGCUGACAGCAGUUUGGCAGCUGAAAUGCCAAAGCUGGAGGCUGAAGGUCUAAUAGACAAGAAGAAUCUGGGAGACAAGGACAAAGGCAAAAAAGCCAGUAACUGCAAAGUGGAUAAAAACCUUUCAAAGCUUAAAACUGCCCGACCCAUUGCACCAGCUCCAGCUCCAACACCACCUCAGUUAAUAGCUAUACCCACGGCAGCCUUUACAACCACCACUGCCGCUACAAUACCAGGAUUGCCCUCAUUGACAACUACUGUUGUGCAGGCUACACCAAAGAGCCCUCCGCUAAAACCUAUUCAACCAAAGCCCACCAUCAUGGGAGAGCCGAGCACCGUAAACCCAGCUCUCACAUUACUCAAAGACAAAAAGAAAAAGGAGAAGAGAAAACUGAAGGACAAAGAAAGCAAAGAAGGUGGAAGUCCUAAAAUGGAUUUGAAGCUGGGAAAGUUGGAGGACACAAAGGGGCCUGGGAAAGAGAUUGCUGGGCAUUUUUUAAAGGAGCAUCUCAGCAAGAAUGAAGUGUUAGCUAAUGGACUGUCAGAGUCUCAAGAGAGCAGGAUGGCAAGCAUUAAAGCCGAAGCUGAUAAGGUUUACACUUUCACAGACAAUGCACCCAGCCCUUCUAUAGGAAGUGCCUCCAGAAUGGAAUGCAGCACUUUGGUGAAUGGGCAGUCUUCAAUGGCGCCACUGCAUGUGUUGACACAGAAUGGGGCAGAGGGUGUAGCUGCUAAAACCAACAGCCCUGCUUACUCUGAUAUCUCUGACGCUGCCGAUGAUGGUGGUUCUGACAGCAGGUCAGAGGGUAUGAGGUCAAAGGCCAGUUCUCCUUCAGAUAUUAUUUCUAAUAAGGACAGUGUUGUGAAAGGACAUUCCUCAACCCCAGUACAACCACCCCAAGUAAAAGAACCCCAUUCUCCCUAUUACCAUGGCUACGAUCCUUAUUAUUCUCCAAGUUACAUGCACUCUGGACAGGUCAGCACCCCUGCGGCUGGGAACAGCAAUAACACACAGGGACUGAAGAUCAAAAAGGAGGCAGAGGAAGAGGCCGAGAAGAAAGACAAGGCAGAGCCGACGGAGUCCAAAAAAAGUGAUGCCAAUUCCACUAAUUUACAACCUCAACACCAAUCAGUAAUAACUCAGAGGCAUCCUGCACUAGCCCAGUCACUUUACUAUGGCCAGUAUGCUUAUGGGCUUUACAUGGACCAAAAGUCUUUAAUGGCCUCUAACCCUGCUUAUAGGCAGCAGUAUGAAAAAUAUUAUGAGGACCAGAGAUUGGCAGAACAGAAAAUGACACAAACUGGGAGAGAGUGUGAAAGGAAAAAUGAACUCCCCCUAAAAGAUCUGGGGAAAGAUGAUAAGCUGAAAAACAUCCCCUCUGCUACUAUCUCAAAAGCGCCUUCAACUCCUGAGGCCACUAAAAAUAACACUAAAAUAGGGUCAUUGGUCCCUAAUAAAACUGAGGAGACAAGCAAAUCACAACUUCUUUCCAAUCAUCAGCAACAGAUUCAAUCUGAUAGCUUCAAAGCAAAGCAAAUGGAAAACCACCAGCUUAUAAAGGAGGCUGUUGAAAUGAAAUCAGUUAUGGAUUCUAUGAAACAGACUGGAGUAGAUCCUACUACAAGGUUUAAACAGGACCCAGAUACAAGAACAUGGCACCAUUAUGUAUAUCAACCAAAAUACCUUGAUCAGCAGAAAACAGAGGAACUGGAACGUGAAAAAAAGUUAAAAGAAGAUAGCCCCAGAAAAACACCUAAUAAAGAAGCUUCCUUUUCCAGCCUUCCAGUCUCAAUAAAUAGCAUUAAAGAAGAACCUAAGGAGAUCAAGCGUUCUGAUUCCCAAUCACUGGAGGAGAACAAGAUGAAAAAUGAUGAUCGAAAGACUCCUGUAAAUUGGAAGGAGUCGCGGGGUGCUAGAGUGGCUGUUUCCUCUCCAAUGACUCAGCACCAAUCAUACAUACAGUACUUGCAUGCUUAUCCUUACCCACAAAUGUAUGAUCCUAAUCAUCCUGCAUACCGUGCUGUGUCUCCUGUUCUCAUGCACAGCUAUCCAGGGGCCUAUCUCUCGCCAGGAUUUCAUUAUCCUGUUUAUGGAAAGAUGUCUGGAAGAGAAGAGGUCGAAAAAGUCAAUACCAGCCCUAGUAUCAGCGUAAAAUCAACCACUGAAUCUAAAGCACUGGAUUUGUUACAGCAGCAUGCCAACCAGUACCGCAGCAAGUCUCCUGCUCCUGUGGAAAAAUCUACAGCUGAGCGUGAAAGGGAAGCAGAGAGGGAGCGAGAUCGUCACUCUCCCUUUAGCCAACGGCAUCUUCAUACACAUCACCACACCCAUGUCGGAAUGGGUUACCCACUAAUUCCAGGUCAAUAUGACCCAUUUCAAGGGCUGACCUCUGCUGCCCUUGUUGCCACUCAGCAGGUGGCUGCUCAGGCAUCUGCAUCUGGUAUGUUUCCUGCACAAAGAAGAGAAUGAUAAAUUUGGAAAUGUACAUCAUCAUGUGACUGGAUCACAUGAAAAAGGCGCUUUAUUACAGACAUCAGUUCCAUGGUGUUCAUUUGAAAUGCCUUAAUGGCAGGCAAAAACCAGUCAUUUCAUUUUUGUAAAUUGCAGAUUUUUAUCACAGAGUAACAAAUGUUGCUGUAUUUAGACUUCUGUGUGUUUUUUUUUAUAUAUAUAUAUGCUUAUAUAAAUAUAUAUAUAUAUUCUUUACUUUUUUGUAUCUGUAAUCAGGCUCACACAAAGGGUCUGCUGCUAAGUUGUAAACCACAAAGUAAAUGAAAAGAAGCGUAUUGUCUUGUUGAGAAAACGUUAAUGGUUUUUGUUUUUUUGUUUUUCUUCCUUUUACUUUUUUAAUUGUAAAUAACUAAUGUUAUGUAUCUGUAUGCCUGAACCUUGCAUACCCUUCUAAUAUUGCCCACAACCCUCAAUAGAGGCUAACUGUGACGACAAUGACACUUUGGUACAAUUUAGAUGUCUAUUUGGUGGCUCCUAUUAAGAUGCAUCAGUGUAAAAUGUUACUGUAUUAACUGUUUCAUUGUAAUUGUGUAUUGUGAAGAAUAUACAUUUGGAAGGCAUGGGGUUGCCAGUACCACAAAAACUGUGUUGUACAUAAUGUAUAGAUUUUAAAUGGGGAAAUAAUGAGCAUCUGUGAAUAAUGAAAUGUUCUUUUUAUAAUCUUGAAUGGCAAAUAACCCAAUAGCCUGCAUACCAGAAGACGUCUGUGAUUGUUCUAUUACUUGAAUAGUCCUGCAGUCUUUUUUUUAAUGUUUACAAUUAUCCCGUUUUAGAAGAGAGACUUUAAUGCCAUUGCCUGGUUACUUGUUUUAUGCUGUAAUCUAGUUUAUUUUAUGUAAAAUGUAUAUUGAAUGCUUUCAUUUUUAUACCUGCCUUAAAUAAUUUG